AUGAUCCCUCUCUUCAUGGUGUUUGCUGGAGGACCCUUGGGCUCUGGAAAACAAUGGUUUUCCUGGAUUCAUCUGGAUGACAUAGUGAACCUGAUAUAUGAAGCUCUAUCCAAUACAUCUUAUAAAGGAGUUAUCAAUGGAACUGCACCCAACCCAGUUCGAUUUGCAGAAAUGUGUGAACAUUUGGGAAAUGUCUUGGGUAGGCCUUCAUGGCUGCCUGUACCAGAUUUCGCCCUGAAAGUGGUCCUUGGAGAAGGUGCUUCUGUGGUUCUGGAUGGGCAAAGGGUGCUUCCAGUUAAAGCCAAAGAAUUAGGCUUCACGUUCAAGUACUCUUCUGUUAAAGAUGCUUUAAGAUCCAUUAUUUCACAAUAA